GUGUAUGAUGCUGUCCGCCUCAUACCAACUUGUCGAGUCACAACUUAUGGUCACAUUGCGAAGAUGAUUGGUAUGCCAAGACAUUCUCGCCACAUUCACAACAACGAACGCGUUUAUGAAGCUCUUAAGUUCAUAUCUCCUAACGCUCAUCCCAUGGUUCCUUGGCAUCGUGUCAUUGGUUCGUCUGGCACAAUAUCCUCUCGUGGACCUGGAACCGAUGGCGCCCAGCGCCAGAGGGAUGCGCUAGUGGCAGAAGGUGUCGAGGUAACUGUCGGGAGAACUGGCGAAUUGCGAGUCGCCUUGACGCAAUGGGGUUGGUUUCCGCAACCAAAUUCGCUACCGAGCGCUGCCGAUGAUCAGGAUUCCGUGAUAGACUCUGAAGAGGAAACU